AUGAUGAAAGUUAAAAGUUUAAAUAAUGUUAUCAAUGAAAUGAAACAAUAAUAUAAACAAAUUGAAGAGCGCAGGUCACGUUAUCUUUACGGAUUUUAAAUUCUCCUUGGAACGGCCGUGAAUACUACUGAAGUCUGGUUCCAAGAGUUCCAAACGUGACCUAUUUUACAUAGUCGUAUUUACUUUCAGAACGCCGUUAUACUUGGCACAUCAAAAAUCACCGCGACGACAUUGACGAGGACACAAACGAGAUGAAAAUGUAAUAUCGGUGACACAAGAGUGCCUACACUAGUUCAAUUUUUUUGAUUUAAUACUUGUAAAAUUUCGGCUCAUAACAAUUACUUUUGUUUAAAUUAUAGUCAUUUUUUUUUAUUUAACAUACAUUUUAAAAAACCAAAGAUUUAUUUUCUAAGUAUCAUACACAUAUUUUUAUAACAUUUACAAUUUUUACUUCUACAUAAUGGAUCAAGACGUUAAAAAAUGUGAUAAUUGAGUAAAUUACUCAGUAGUCGAGAUUAAAAAGAAUCUUUAGCAUCGAACAGUUGAUGAUAAUGGAGAUAAAGUAAAACAUACUUCAUUAGACAUAAAUCUUUAGAUUUAAAACGACAAUAACCAACUUCUUUAUGAUGCGACGUGUUCUUAGUGGUUGCAGCAGCUGUUCAAGUCAAUUUGAGAGUUUGGGAUGCAAUCGAUCAGAAGAUUUUGAUACACCAGUUAGCUCAGGUAGCAACAUGGGAAGUGUGGCGAGGUUUCCAAAACUUGAUGAGUGUGCUCAUUUUCAUUACGAGCAUGUAGAACUUACUGAUCUUGAGGUUUCAGUUACUGAAGUGCCAAACGAUUCAAGUUUUGCAGUACGCGUUACUUCAGGUGACGCUUGUUGGACACUUCAACGUUCGUACGAAAAUUUUAUUAUGUUUGAUAGGCAACUACAUCGUUGUAUUUAUGACCGCAAGUUCUCAUCGCUUGCUAAACUACCAGAAGUUGAACCAGACAAUACUCAAGAUUUGUUGGCAGCUUAUCUCAAGCACUUUUCAAAUUUGAAUCACGAUGGAUUAAAUUGUGGACCCGUACUCAACUGGCUACAGUUGGAUAAUCGUGGUAGAAGAAUUCUAGUUCCUGAAUCAGACUCGUGUCCAAUUAAUACACCAGCUGUAGCAGCUGCUUAUGCGGUUAGGCCGUAUACUGCUCAAGCACAGGAUGAAAUAUCUUUUCAGGUUGGAGAUAUGAUAUCAGUUAUUGACAUGCCACCACCAGGAGAGAGUAAUUGGUGGCGUGGCAAAAAAGGUUUUGCCGUUGGUUUUUUUCCUGCUGAUUGCGUCGCGGUGAUUGGUGACAAAGUACCUCGUCACUUGACCGUGUCUAAUAUUGUACGUUCAAAGUUACCCGUUAAACCCGUUCUCAGAAAACAUGGAAAGCUUAUUGCUUUUUUUAGGUCUUUUAUUCUUAAUAGACCUUCUAGGAGACGAUUAAAACAAUCUGGAAUUCUUAAAGAACGAGUUUUUGGAUGUGAUUUGGGAGAACAUCUUCUUAAUUCUGGUCAAGAUGUACCAGCUGUGUUGAAGUGUUGUGCAGAGUUCAUUGAAACACAUGGAUUGGUAGACGGUAUUUAUCGCUUAAGUGGUGUAACAUCAAAUAUUCAACGGCUACGUCAUGCAUUUGAUGAAGAUCGCGUUCCUGCUUUGCAUUCAGAUGAGAGUAUACUUCAAGAUAUUCAUUCGGUAGCAUCACUCUUGAAAAUGUACUUUAGAGAGUUACCUAAUCCAUUAUGUACCUAUCAGCUUUACUCUACUUUUGUCACUGCCGUUCAAGCUAAUACAGAUGCGGAAAGAUUAAGAAGAAUGAGAGAUGCCGUUAGAAAACUACCUCCUCCACACUACAGAACAUUGGAGUAUUUAAUGCGACAUUUAGUAAGAGUCGCAGCACGUGGGGCUGAUACAGGUAUGACACCACGAAAUGUUGCAAUCGUUUGGGCUCCUAAUCUAUUGCGAUGCAAGGAACUUGAAGUUGGUGGUGUAGCAGCACUACAAGGUGUCGGUGUUCAAGCUGUAGUUACAGAAUUUCUUGUUUGUUAUGCGGAAUUAAUAUUCGGUGAUGGCCCAGUUGGUCGACCUAAAUCAUUGGCAAUUACCACUCCUGCUCGAUUAUUGAGCCUUGAAGAAGCGAGAAACCGUUCUUUGCGAAAUGAUUCGGAGUACAUUGAAGUAGGUGCCGGACCAGCUGGCUUACCUGCACACUAUCACACAGUGAUUGAGCUACCAAGAAAACGGAAUGGUUCAAAACGUUCACCUUCAUUAAACUGGCGUGCAAUUUUUGGACGUGGUGGUUUUGGAGCGCGUGGUAAAACAAGACAAGUAGGAACUCCACCACAAAUAGAAGCUUUAUCAAGUUCUCUUAAUGCUAUGCGACGAUUAAGACCGGUUAAAAGUGCUGACAGUCUUGAUGGAGAAGAUAAUCUCGGUCCUUUGAUGGGCCCACCACCCAACAGACCAUGUGGUCACAGUCGAUCAGUUUCACAUGAUUCAUAUUUUGAUCAUCUUGCAGACGCACCAAGUUCUGUAUCUCCACUAGAUCUUUCUGAGAUACAACUUAAUUUUGAUCUUGAAGAGCGAGAAAUGCGAAUGUUUUCAGAGGAAGAAAGUGGUGGUGUAGCGUCAGUAGAAGCAUCGCCACGGCGUCAAAGAAACGACGGCUCGUUAUGUAUUGCUGUAAGUGGUGGUAGUAAAAGAAAAAGAUCACGUCUUGAAGAACGUCUUCACUGUGAAGUAGAAUUAAGAUUUAUUGACAGUCAAAGUCCAGAUCAAAUAAUGGUGUCUGCAGAUAUCCAUGGAAUUGAGACACCAUCACCACUGACAACGCCAGGUUACCUGCCAUUAUUAUCAGAAGCUUCUACACCAAUAAGUCCAUCUACUUUACAGGCAACACCGAUCUCUUUGACACCUAAGACAGGAAAUAGCCCUCGGAUAAGUUUCCGUAGCUUUACUUUACCCCUCGACUUAGAUGAUCAAUCCUGUCAUACUCAAAUAUCAAAAGAAGAUCUGUCUUCCGAAAAACUGUCUUUAGAUCCUCCUAGUCAACGUUUAUCAAUUAAUUUAGACGAUCAUAAUAGUGUAAAGUCUUAUGAGAGAAUAAAGACUUGUGAAAGUCAUGAAUCAUCACCAAAAAUAAAUGAUAUUAAAAAAUCGUCCGAUAAUUUAAUAGCGACACUAUCGGAUCAAGAAAUGACAUCAUGUGACGUACUCAAUCUUACGUGUGCCACUGAAAAAAAUUUAUUUUCUGAUGAUUCUGCUAUGAGCUUCCAAGAAGAAAAAUUUAACUGUAGUAGUCAGAACUGCUGUGAUCUAAUGAAUCAAAGUCCUCCGGAUAAUAUGAUAAAUUUGGAAAAUGUUGAUAUUGACAGUUGCUUAAUAAUUGAUCAGAAUGAACCUGUAGACAUGCCGUCUUCCAGCGUUACAGAUCUUGAUUCACCAAUGUCCUGUGAGCAAACUAUUGAAGACUUACCAGAUUCAGGAUUUGUUAUUUGCGAUAAUUCUGAUAAAGUUUUUACAAAUGUAGAUACACAAACAUUAACGAAUAAUAAAAGCAGUUCUGAGGAAUGGGUUAUGGUUGAAAAAACAAAUGAAUCUGUCAAUCGGUUAACAAGUGUAGAAAGUAGUUCUAAAGAUCAACUUGAAGGGACUGUUGAUUCUGGUAUCGAAAAAAAUUCACCACAACAAAGUUGUGUUUCUGACAAUAUUUCAAGAACUUCUCUCGAUCUCACAAUGGGUUUAACUGGAGAUACCAGCACAUCUUGUAUUGCAACGACUGAUCCGAUAGAUAGCUCUAUUUUGCAACAAGAAUCUACUGAAAUAUCUUUAGACAUGAGUGAAAAUAAAAGUAAUAAUGGUAGCGAUCUUCGUAAUGGAAAUAAUCGCUGUUGUUCAGAAAGUGCAAUUAAUUUAGUCUCACAUCAUGAUUCUGAAAAAAUGGAACAUGGACAUGAGUGUUGUAGUUACAAUUUACGUUUAGAUAAUGAAAAUGUUUAUCGAUGUAAUUUAAAUGAAUCGAGUCAAGUAAUGCUUGGAAAAUCGAGUAUAGAAAAUAAUCAUUUAAAUUAUGAAUCAAUAAAUUCCAAUAAAGACGUCCAGUGUAUCCGCACCAGUAAUUAUUUGUCGAAUAUUGAAAGAAGCAAUAUUACUGAGGAUAAGAGUUGUUUCAAUCGAUGUCAGGAUAUUAGACAUAGUUUCAGUCACAGUUCUAGAAAAUCACAACCUACUAGCCAUCAUAUGUAUUUAUCACAGAGAAAUUCAAAUACUCAAAUACGUGAUAAUGAAGAGGUGGUUAUUCAGUCUGAGAAUGCAGCUGAAGCUCAUGAAAUAGCUCAUGAUCCAGAAGGUGCAUCAGAAACUACAUCACUGGAUUCUUCAUACACUUUUUCAAAUGCAUCUUCGCCCAUUGAUGAUUCUGUUGUUUUACGAGAUACAGCAGCAAUUUUACAAGAACUUGCAUUACAAAGAUUAUCUGGAGGAGUUGGAAGUGAAACGCCAUUACAUUCACCAAAAAAUUUAGAGUCUGAUGGUAUCCGAGAACGACGUAGUUUUGAAAUAGGAAUAAAGCGUGAAAAUGUUACUGAUAAAAAGACCAAGGUAGAAGACGAUUGUUUGCGUGGUAAAUCUGAAGAACAAUCGAAUAAUGGAACGCAACAUUUACCGCCAUGCUUACGUGCUCGUCAGGCCAGAGCAACUAGAGCUGCUUUAAGUCGAUCAUUGGAUGAAGAUAAAUUUAAUCGUAUGACUAGUGAGUCCGUAAGAAUGCCUCAAAAGCAAUUGUCUGAUGAUUCUCAGCAUAAUUCUACACCAAAUGUUGGUGGACACCUAUUAUCUUCUUCUCAAAGUACAGAGAAACUUCAGUCAAGAAAUUUGGGAAUCGAUCUGGGUGAUCCUCGUUGUCGGGAAAGAAUUGAAAAAUAUAAAGAAGAAAGACGAAUGUUUCUUAGAGAUAAAUAUAGAAGUGAAAGUUUUAGAGGUUCGACAUCAAGAAAUGAGGAUGAUGGUGAAUUACUAGCGCGAUUAAAACAACGUGCUACGAGACCUCCUCAUUGAUAUAUAUAUAUAUAUUAGUUUAUACAGAAAUUUUUAGUUAACUAUAAGUCUGUCGUACUAUAUGAUGAUAUAAAGUCAUGUAAGGCUUACUUACUCUUAAUACUGUUUAAUACGUUAAACGUGUAUCUAAUAUUGUUAGCUUGACUUUAUUAUAAAUUCUUUAUCUUGGAUG